AUGUCACCGACAGCUCAACCUCAAGAAUUAGAUGAUACAGCUAAUGCAGUUCUCCCUGUUCUAUAUUCCUCAACCGACGAUGAAGUUGGAAUCUGGCGUGAAGUUCUUGCAUCGAAAAAGACUAACACUAAUCAAGGAAGCACUGUGAUUGUUCUAGGAGAUAAUCGAUGCGGGAAAUCUUCUCUUCUUGGCCGACUUGACAAAUCUGAUCGCACUGUGAAACCAAAAUCGUUAUUGGGGUAUCGUGUUCUACAUGUUCAGAAUGAUGCUCGUGAUGCUAGUUAUGCUUAUCAAUUGGGAACUGCUGGAGCGAAUUUGAACCCAUCAGAGCUGCUUCAAAUUCCUGUUUGGUCUUUGGACAGCAAUGAGAGCUGCGCUUCUCUUCUUAAAUAUGCUCUUCCGGCAACUCCAUCGGAAGUUAUAUUCAUUCUUUCUGCGAGCAUUGAAAAUCCGAACCUUAUCCAUUCUUUGAAAAGAUGGGCUAAUGUUUGCACAGAACAAGCUCAGAAACAUUUCUCGAAAGAAGACCUGAAGGCCGGGAAAAACCAGCAAGAAAGAAUGUGGCAAGAAUAUGUUGAUCCAGUUCAAUCUCAAAUGAGCACCUCUGUUGUUGGGAAUUUCGCCGAUGAGCACAGUUUGCUUCCUCUUGACCAAGGAACACUCACUGAAAACUGUGGAGUUACUUUUAUGGUCGUGAUCACUAAAUCUGAUCUGGGCAAGGAAUUCACCGAUUCGCAGUUUGCCAAAAUCAACAUUCAGCUUCGCAAAUUAUGUUUAAGCCUCGGAGCCACUCUCAUUUUUACGAGUACCAAGGAGUCGAAAAAUAUUCAGUUACUCCAGAAGUAUAUUGUUCAUCGUUCGUUUGGAACGGCUUUCACCAGCGCCGCUCAAGUUAUUGAAAGAGAAUCCAUUUUUGUCCCUGCUGGAUGGGAUGGUGAAAAGAAAAUUGAUAUCAUUCGAGAGUCAAUCCCCGAUGCAGAUUCUGCUCUCGAACCUACUCGUGACAAGUUGAGACCAGUCGCUAAAGAACAUUUGAUCGAAGCUGAAGAGGAUCAAGCGUUUCUCAAACGAUUAGCAGACACUCUUCAAACGGCAACCACUAGCUCUGGACCAAAGCAGCGGACAAUGCAAGAAGAACCUGCCGAUAAAGAUAGCCCGCUUGCAAACUUCUUUUCAAACUUGCUUAAGGCACAGCUGGAUCGUCUUCUUAAAUCAGCUCAGAGUUCGAAAGCUCAGCCUCCUCGUGAUAGCGACGCAUAA